CAUGGCGGCGGCGGCCGCUCCGCCAGGCGGGGCGAGCCCGGGGCUGGCGGCGGGGGAGCGUCUUGUGUGUGUGGACAAGACUGUGGCUUCUCCCAAACUGUAUGUCCUGGAGCCAUGGAUUGCUGACCUCUUGGUGAAUUACGAGCAAGUGGAUGAGCGUGAGAAUUUCCUGGCUGGGCAGGUGGUGCGGGUCUUGAGUGACUCGAGUGCAGCUGGCCAGCCUGGGCUGCUCCAGGACGCUGUGGUGCAGGUCUCUGACGGAUCCUGCUACAUCCGUGUGGUCAUUACAGCCGAGGCUCUGCAGGCAGAGGAAAACGCCCACCUCCAGCUCAGGCUUUCCAGCCUUAAUUGCAGAAUUAUCGUCCUGCAGAAGUACACGGUGUGUUUUCAGGACGAGGCCAGGCUGGAGGACUGCGAGUUUUACCUCACGGCCCAGCAGUUCAUCGUGCUGCCCAUGCAGAGGCAGAGGAUGGAAUCAUCUGAUGGGAACCAGAAUCCCUCUGUGAUGAAGAAGAUAAAGGAGCUCUGGCUGAGGAAUCUUGCUGUGAGGAAUGCUCCCAGCUCAGAGCCCUCUGUCUCUCAGCUGAUUGAUGCCAUAGGACAGAACCAGCUGGAGAUUUUGAAGGAAAAUGCUGAGGAAUGCUUGGAUUUAUGGAAAUCAAAGGAGAAGCCAGUGACAGUGGAGGAUGAGGUUCCCAUCACCCAGUGGGAGGCAGAGCGCAAGAAGGAGCAGGGUGAGGAUGUUUUCAUGGUCCCAGUCAGUGCCCUGGUGAUCCCUCCUGAGCAGGAGGCAGUGGUUUGUGAUUCUUCUGAGGCAGUGUCUGCAGGGUACACAGAUACAAGCCAAGCAGCUCCUGGAAAGAGUAGUGAUGACAGGACAGUGCCAGGAGACCCAAGUGUUGUAUCUCAAAUCAGCUCCUGUCUCCAUAGCAGCAGUGCUCCAGCCCUUGGAUCAUCCUCAUGGCAUCCUAUGAACGCUCCAGAUCCCAUCCAGCCUUUAGUUUCCUCUACAGUUGGCUCAGCCCAUCUCCCUGGAUUGAGUGGAGGAGGUGCUGCAUCACCAAACUUGUCAGAUAGCCUGGAGGGAUCCCUGGACAACCCCUGGAAUGGGAUGCCCUCGUUGUCUUUGACCCCAAGCUCUUCAGAUGAGAAGACCUUUCAAUCUGACCCUCCCCUGAAGACCCAGAAAGAUGUGGCUGCUGACAGCAACACCACUGACCUGUUGGAAGUGUGCAGCCAGAGCUCUGCUGAGGGCUCACCGCGGGGAGAGCCAGCACAGACCUCCUCUCCCUCCCUGCUCCGCUGCUACAGCCAUCCCAGUCUGGUGGAGAUCAGCACCAGUGAGGCAGCAUCAGCUGCAGAGGCAGCCUGGGAUGCCCUGUGUGCUGAUCAAAGCCUGCAGAGAUCCAGGGCCUCUCAGCCCACCCUGCCCACUCUUUCUCCAGCUUUCCCAGUCUUGCCCAGCAGCAGCUUGCAAUCGCCGCCUGGCAGGAUUCCUCACAGGGAGCAGGCCUGCUCCAGUGGCACAGCUUCCUCUGCAGAGGCAUUGAAGCCUGGACUGGCUCACACCAGGACAAAGGGAGGAGAGACUGUGGUUGCCAAGAGGAAGCUGGUGGAGGAAGAUGAGCAGGCCUGCAGUGAGCAGCAGCAUCUCCCAGGCACCUCGAAGCACAGGGGGAGAGGCACACGCAAGGGAUCGGUGCUCGGGAGCCCACAGGGGGCAAAGAAGAGCAGAAAGGAGACAGGGCUGCGAAAUAGAAAGGAGCUUGAGGAGGAGGAGGAGGAAAUGGAGGAGGAGGAAGAGCAAGCAUCCCCUGCAAGAGCUGGGCCCAGCUCCAGGCCAGAGCAGUGCAGUGCUCGGGAGUCGUUCAUGGAGAGACCACCCCAGUACCAGUACGAGGCACCGAGCCCCGAGCUCUGCCAGCAGGUACAAUCUAUCAGGAUAUCAAAGGCAAUGCUGAUGUGGGCAUGCUGGAUGCUGACUGAGGAGGAGGAGGAGGAGGAGGAGGAGGAGGACUCCUGAGCCCAGCCCAUCUUUCAUUCCUUUGUUUCUUCAGUGGGUUUGUCAGAACACUGGGAUGAGUGGUUGGGGGAGGGAUGUGGGGAUACCAGAAGCACUGUGCCUCAGGAGACUGCUGAGUGGGCUCGCCUGGCUGCAGAAA